AUGACCGAUUUAGAUAUAGCUAUUGACUACCCAAACCGCCUCUAUGCACCAGGCGAUAGCAUCACUGGGAGUGUUCAUGGAUGGGAUCCAUGGACAAAUCAAGGCUUCUUAGAGAUAUCCCUUCAAGGGCGAAGCAAAUCCUACAUCCAGCCUGGAGGGGGAGUGGUCAAUAAAAGCCGGUCGCUGUUAACGUAUCAAACAACUCGUCUGGAGGCAUCGGAUUAUGUGGGAUCUACUAUCACUCCGUUCUCACUCACCGUGCCUCUUUCUGUGGAAACAAAUCCGUCCAAUUCAGCGAAGAAUAUCAAUGAAGGGCGCUCGUACUGGCGACACUCGUGGCCAGAUGAUCCUGCCUUUGAAUGCUCAGACGUUCAUCCUUUGCCGCCAUCUAUCAACAUGCCUCGUCGGGCAUCACGCGGGGAUCCAGCAGUUGCAUGGGGAACAAUCAAAUUUAAAGUCACUGCGACUGUGUUCAUGGGCGAUGGUGACCAAACGUCUAAAAUGAAGUCGUAUCCAGAGAUGGUACGAAUAACUGGGCCAUAUGUGACCGUUGAAGACCUCGAGGCAAAUAUGGAUGUUAUGCAACUUAGCAAGGGUCUCCUCGGUAUUGAUCAAAACCCUACCAAGAGGAAAAGCUUCUCUUCGCGAAUUAAGAGCGCUUUCAAAUCAACGCAACGGAUCUGGCUGGCACCAACGGUCAAAGUUCCAAUCUACGCCGUGAUAGGAGAGAAGGUCGAAAUAUCUAUCCAGAUGGAGCUGUCAGGAAUAACUCCUGGUUUUGAGUUUCCUCUUGUGUCACUACAUCGAGUCACCGUGCGUCUCUGUGACUCGCUGGGCGUUCGUGGGAAGCAAACGCCUCUUGGUGGAACGCAUGAGCUUUUAUUGCCAGGUGCCGCUUCAGCUACUAAGAGCUGGACACCAAGACACCAAUUUACCCCUGCAGGGGAUGGCAAAUCAUAUUCAGAUGCGCCGUGCAAAGUAACUUUUGAAAUCCCACGUGGCUGUGUUCCGACUUUUAAAACGUACAACCUAUUCAUGAGGUGGAAUUUUCUCGUGGAGAUGGUUUUCAGAAGCCUGGACCAGGAGAAGGUCACGGAGGUCAGAUGUAAUAUUGACCUUGUUCCUCGACUAAGGGGUAUUACGGUCGAUGAGGACCUGGAGGGCGAAGACUUCCUCGAUCUAGAGGUACCAAGCGCUAAUUUGACGGUACCAGGUCAUUCUGGCGAAUCCGAUUUCCUGGGGGGAAUAGGAGAUAUGAUGCAGGGCUUUUCCAGUUGA